GCUAAAUCCACAACCCCGAGAGGCUGAAACCCCCACGGCUGCCGGUCCCGGUGUCUCGGGCUCGAGGAGGAGCAGGAGGAGCCGCAGGAGGGAGCUCCCCUGACUGGCGUGCGAGGCGGGGAUCGCCGAAGGAGGAAGGGACACGGCAGGAGGGAAAUAGACCUGCUCGGCGGCCGGGCUCUGCCGUCCCUGGCAGCACGAGGCAAGAUGAACAAGAUGAAAAACUUCAAGAGGAGGUUUUCACUCUCGGUGCCGCGCACGGAGACCAUCGAGGAGUCUCUGACGGAGUUCACGGAGCAGUUCAACCAGCUCAACAACCAGAGGAACGAAGACCUGGCUCAGGGACACCUGCAGCUGGCACAGCUGGGCAGGGAGGUGGCAGCUGACGGCAGCCCGGUGUCCCCGCCGGAGGGACACGGCCGGUCGCCGGUGGCCGCCGUGCGCUACCGCAACCACGGCCAGCGCCGCUGCUCCAUGGAGGACGUCAGCAAGCGCCUCUCGCUGCCCAUGGACAUCCGGCUGCCCCCCGAGUUCCUGCAGAAGCUGCAGAUGGAGAGCCUGGAGCUGCCCAAGCCCCUGAGCAGGAUGUCCCGCCGGGCCUCCCUCUCAGAUAUUGGCUUUGGGAAGCUGGAAACCUACAUUAAACUGGACAAACUGGGAGAGGGCACCUACGCCACGGUGUUCAAGGGCCGCAGCAAGCUGACGGAGAACCUGGUGGCGCUGAAGGAAAUCCGCCUGGAGCACGAGGAGGGCGCUCCGUGCACGGCCAUCCGGGAAGUGUCGCUGCUGAAGAACCUCAAGCACGCCAACAUCGUCACCCUGCACGACAUCAUCCACACCGAGCGCUGCCUCACCCUCGUCUUCGAGUACCUGGACAACGACCUCAAGCAGUACCUGGAGAACUGCGGGAACCUGAUGAGUGUGCACAAUGUGAAGAUCUUCAUGUUCCAGCUGCUCCGUGGCCUGGCUUAUUGCCACGGCAGGAAAAUCCUGCACCGAGACCUCAAACCCCAGAACCUGCUCAUCAACGAGCGAGGGGAGCUCAAGCUGGCUGAUUUUGGAUUAGCCAGGGCCAAGUCUGUCCCCACAAAAACCUACUCCAACGAGGUGGUGACGCUCUGGUACCGGCCCCCCGACGUCCUGCUGGGAUCCACCGAGUACUCCACACCCAUCGACAUGUGGGGGGUCGGCUGCAUCCACUACGAGAUGGUGACGGGCCGGCCGAUGUUCCCCGGCUCCACGGUGAAGGAGGAGCUGCACCUCAUCUUCCGCCUGCUGGGAACCCCCACCGAGGACACCUGGCCUGGGAUAACGUCCAACGAGGAGUUCAAGGCUUACAACUUCAGCCAGUACCGAGCCCAGCCACUGCUAAAUCACGCCCCAAGGCUGGACUCGGAAGGCGUUGACCUGCUGACAAAUCUGCUCCUGUACAGAGCCAAGGGCCGGAUCUCAGCCGAGGCAGCCCUGCAGCACCCCUACUUCAGGAGCCUGGGCGAGCGCGUGCACCUCCUGCCUGACACUGCCUCCAUCUUCUCCCUGAAGGAGAUCCAGCUCCAGAAGGACCCCGGCCAGCGAGGCUCAGCCUUCCAGCACUCAGCCCGCGGCAAGAACAGGAGGCAGAGCAUAUUUUAAACCGGGAUCUGGCGUUGCCCUGGUUGCCAUGGCGAUGGAAGCGCUGAGAAAGGAGCGGCUCCCACCCGACCCUCGGCAGAAUUCCCGGCUCCAGCAGGACCCAAACCCCCGGGAGCUGCCCUCCAUGCACCUGUGGCCUUGUCCCCCCCUUGUCUUGGUGUUGUCCCCUCCGAGAGGAGUUCCAGGGAGGAGCCUGUGCUGCCCGGGAGGAUCAGGGGGGGAUUUGUGGGGUUUGGGGGCUCAGGGUUGGGGAUUUGUGGGGUUUGGAGGUUCAGGGUGGGGAUCUGCGGGGUUUGGCCCAGGCAGGAGUUGCAGGAAAUGCCCCUUUGCUCAGACAAGCUGCCCUGCACCCCCUGGUUUUUUGGGAGACCACGUUAGGACUGCUGGGCACGGCCUGGCCUGGCACUGGGAGCACCUGGAGCACAUCUGGGGCACAUCUGGGGCACAUCUGGGCACAGGAACCAGAGCAGCCCCCCAGUAUUUCACCUCUGCCUGCAGAACCCCCUUUCCCCUCCCUGUUUUGGUACCCAAAUCCAGCUGAGGGUGGAGCAGCCAGAAUUCCCCCUUGCUCCCCUAGCCUCUCCCAGUCCCUGCUCCCAAUCUGGGCUGUCCCUGCUCCCAAACUGGGAUAUCCCUGCUUCCAAACUGGGAUAUCCCUGCUCCCAAACUGGGCUGUCCCUGCUCCCAAACUGGGAUAUCCCUGCUCCCAAACUGGGAUAUCCCUGCUUCCAAACUGGGAUAUCCCUGCUUCCAAACUGGGAUGUCCCUGCUCCCAAA